AUGACGUCUUCCACGCCAACCCCAUCAGGCUACGUCCACGAGGAUGCCUUCGACUCAGGCUUCCUUCCAGUUGGCGACAUCCACAAGGUCUGGUACGCUCAAUACGGCGCGCCCAACGGUCGGCCUGUCAUGUUCCUCCACGGCGGCCCCGGAGGCGGCACAAAAGUCGCCAACACAUGCUUCUUUGACCCCAAAGUCUAUCGCGUGGUCCUCAUGGACCAGCGCGGCGCAGGCAAGUCGGCACCCGUGGCUGAGAUUCGCGACAAUACCACGCACCAUCUCAUCGAAGAUAUUGAGCAGCUGCGAAAGCACCUGGGAAUCGAGAAAUGGGCCAUGGUCUUUGGCGGCUCGUGGGGAUCAUCCCUUGCACUCGCGUACGCACAGACACACCCACAGAUGACAGGCGCUCUCGUACUCCGAGGAAUCUUCACUGUGCGAAAGAGCGAGCUGGUGAACAAUUACGCCCCGUACGGGGUCAUCAGCCAGGUCUUCCCAGAAGAAUACGACGAGCUCAUGAACCACCUGCGCUCCCAGUCCACGAUGGACUCUCAGAGCUUGAACGACCCAGCCACGAUGCUGAGCGAGUACUAUCGCCUCCUGUGCCACGAAGACCCUCGCAUCCAUAAGGCCGCCGCGCUUGUCUGGAACAAGUACGAGACCACGGCCAGUACACUGGCACGCGACCCGGGUCUCGUUCGAAAAAUAGUCCGCGCGGAGAACUGGAGCAUUCAACAAGCCCGCAUUGAAUGCCAUUACUUUGUUCACCAGGCGUGGCUCGAGGAUGGGAUCCUGCUGAAGCCGACCAGCCUGGAGCGCAUCAAGGAUAUACCAUGUGAGAUCGUCCAGGGCCGCUACGACAUGGUGUGCCCGGCGCGCACCGCAUGGGAGCUACACAAGGGGCUGAAGAAUUCGACGCUGCAUAUGAUCCCCGACGCUGGACAUAGCGCAAAUGAACACGGUAUAAAGGCCAAGCUGAUUGAGAUCUGCGACAGCAUGGCGCGGAUGUAA